AAUAUAAUGAAUCAUUAAUAAUCAAGUUAAUUGAUAUAAAAGUAUGCUAAGAAUCCAUGGCAUCAUGUACAUUAUGGAAGUGAUAGUCCUAAGUAUAUAAUAAUAAUAUUGGAAUAGGUUUUUAAAUGCUAUAAUAGAGAUAACAAAAGGAAGCAAAGCUAAAUAUGAGUUAGAUAAAGACAGUGGUUUAUUAAAAUUAGAUAGAGUAUUAUUUUCAGCUGUUCACUAUCCUGCAAAUUAUGGAUUUAUUCCACAAACUUAUUGUGAUGAUUAAGAUCCUUUAGAUAUUUUAGUUUUAUGUUCAGUUGAAAUAGAGCCUAUGUGUUUAGUUGAAGCAAGAGUAAUUGGUGUUAUGCAUAUGGUUGAUUAAGGAGAGAUUGAUGAUAAAAUUAUAUCUGUAGCUAAAAAUGACGCUUCGUAUUAAGGAAUUAAUGAUUUGAAAGAUCUUCCAAUGCAUACAACUUUGGAAAUCUAAAGAUUCUUUGAAGAUUAUAAAAAACUUGAACAUAAACAUGUUGUUGUAGAAGAAUUUAAAGGAAAAGAAGAAGCAUACAGAAUAAUUGAAGAAAGUAUUAAAUUAUAUGAAGAAAAGUUCUUAAAGAAUUUAUGA